CUACGGCUAAUUUCGCAGCGCGCGCGCGACAAUGGCCCGUUUUACGCGGCCGUUUGUGCCGACCUGCAGAUGCUAUCCUUGUGUUUUAAGGUCGCCGAGGCAAGUCUAACUUUUUCGAGAGACCUGCAGGAAUAGAAGCGCAUAAGUGGAGUCGCGCGCGCGUGUGUGUGUAUAUGCAUAGCUCGAUGAGCUUUGGAUCGUCGCACAGCGAUAGCGAAUGUUGGACUGAAACUUUAGACUAGUCUUACUGUGAAAUUGAUUACAAUAUAAUGUGAGAAAAGUUUCAAUAAAAAAUAGCUAAAAAGUCUUAUCGUACUUCUGGAUCACACUGUAGAGAUGACAUUUCCGCUAUACGAACAUUGCUGUUAUCCGUACCGAGAAAUUAAAAAAGUAUUAUCUGUUUUUAUUACGGUUAUUCUUAGCCAAAGUACUAGGCAUUUAAAAACAAAAAUAUAUCGGUUAUAUCAGCAUACUGGCGCACGCUUGAAAAUAAAUAGACUAAUUCCAAUCCCGGUUCGACAGUAUCAGCGAUACGAAUCGCAAAUCGAUCUGCUGAGAAUUAAAGUAAUUGGAUAUUAUCUAAUCUCGUCCGGCCGAAUAUUCAUAUAAACGCGUUAUAGACUGAAUUCUAAGCAGUCAUUCUUUCUCACGUUAACAUCAAAUAUGUAUACGUUGAUGUUAAGUGUGCUCGGCCUUUUGGCCGUUUCGCAAGGUCGUGAAAUCGGCGAUUUUGGACCUAACUCAAGGGUAGUCAAUGGAAUAGAUGCCAACGUUGGCGAAUUUCCAUUCCAAGUUUCUCUACAAAGGAAUGGACGUCAGCACUAUUGUGGUGGAUCUGUUUUAAGUGCAAACUACGUUAUUACUGCUGGUCACUGUGUUUACGGAGAAGAAGUAGAAGAAGUGUCCGCUUUUGCAGGUACGAUAAACAAACAAGAACCGCAUAGCGUCCACCAAGCUAUCGAAUUCAAACUUCACGAGCAGUACAAUCCUAAGAAUCUUGCCAACGACAUAGCUCUGAUUAAGGUUAAACCACCAUUCGAAUUCUCCGAACUUGUAGCCCCAGUUGAAUUCCCAUAUCCCCAUGAAGAAAUCCCCACCAAUACCCCAGUAGUUUUGACUGGAUGGGGAAGACUUAUAUCGUCUACUUCGGCCACUCCCCUAAUUCUUCAGAAAGCUCUAAUUUACGUCGCCGAUCAGGAAUUCUGCCGCGUGAAAAAUGCAGAAGUUAGGCAAAUGGUUCUCAAGACCAACAUUUGCGCUUAUAAUUCCAACGUGAGGAGAGGCCAAUGCAAUGGUGAUUCGGGUGGUCCAUUAUCCAUCGGCAGAAAGCUUGUUGGUAUUGUAUCCUUCUCUUACAAGGAACCUAACCCCAUGUGCGCUAGUACCACCUAUCCAGGAGUUUAUACCAGAGUAUCUGAAUAUAUUGAUUGGAUCGUCGCGCAUGCAACUGUAUAAAGAAUUGAUACAUGCAGUUUUAAUUUCACAAUCAUUUGUUAAUUAUUGAAAAGCCUAUGUAAAUAAAUCUAUCAAUCAUA